CUAAACUGUAGUUGGUGGUUGCCAUGAUUUUUGAUAACAAAGUUAAGUGCAUCCAUUUUGUCUAGUCUUAUUUAAUUAUUUUCUUUUUAUGAUCAUUAAGCAGUGAAUCGUGUUUAGUUAUUAAAAAAGCCACGUCAUUUACAUAUUUGAGGUAAAAUUUUCAAAAUGCGAGACUCUCCCGAUUCAAAUCCUAAAAGGAGCCGUAGCAAAAGCAGCAAUAGUAGCAUAAGCAGAAAGAGUAGAAGCCGAAGCGCCGGUUCUAGCGUUUCUAGGUCUCGUUCAAGAAGCCGUAGUAGUGAAAUUGACGGCUAUAGAUUACAUAUUGCAGAUAUAGGAGAUGAAGUUAGGCGUUCUGACCUAGAAAAAGUUUUCUCACCCUAUGGUCAGCUGAAAGAGGUCUGGAUGACCAAUAGUACACCUUGCUUUGGUUUUGCCGUUUUUAAAGAAAAAAAAUCAGCUGCUGCUGCCCUAAAAAGUGUAGAUGGAGCUGAAGUGGCAGGUUGCCGAAUUCGUGUAACUUAUGCUAGACCUAGAACUAGAGGUUCAGGUAGACGCUUUUAUAACAGUAACAUGCGCUGUUAUCAAUGUGGGUACACUGGUCACUUUUACCGUGAUUGCCCAGAUAUCAGUGCUGGAGGAGAUAAGAGAGACCGUUACGGCCGCUCCCGAGGAUACAGGGAAAGGGCAGGAGGAGACUACGAUAGAGACCGCAGAAGGCGCUCAAGUCGUAGCAGCCGAUAUGAGGAGAGACCCAGACGAAGUGGCGGCGGUGGUAGUGGAAGAUACCGAAGAUAAAUCUGAUAUGCAUUCUUUCAAUUUUUUAUUAAUAUCAGGUAGUUUUUUUUAGUCUGUUCUGUAUUGUAAUUUUCGUGAUCUUCACGUUAAAAUUUUUAUAGUCGGACAAUGUUGAUUUAUUAUUUUUUUUUACCCGGAUGGAUCUAAUUAUACCUGUAAACUUUUAUAUUUCUAUAGUUUCUUGCGGAAAAGUUCUCUUAAAAUAUGAACAGAAAAGCCAAUAGGUUGUUGCAAUUUUCAAUUUUUACAAUUGUAAAACUUUUGGCAGUAAUGAUAUGAGAAUUGCUUUAAAAUUACCAUUUCUCUCAUGAGCAAACAUAUUAAACUGUCAGACCUACAUGUUCAUAUUCUCCAAUAUUUACGUGUAUGAUUUCUCUAUUGCUAUAAUCAGUUUCAGUUUUUGAUAAUUCAAUUAGCAGUGGCAUCGCACUUGGGUUUUAAAAAUACUAAUCAAACCGUGAGAAACCUUUACUUUGGGUAAGCUGUAUCAUAAAUAAAUAAAUAAAUUGAAAAGUGUCACCCCUAAAUUUGAUUAUCAAGUACCAAUCACAAAAAUGCUUGAAAAUAAACCCGACAAUUUGCACCACAUAAGCCAAAAAGGUUCAUAACAAAAUGGCUUUUCCUCAAAAAAACUGAGCUAUAUAAGAUGGACGUAUAUUUAGCUCCAUCAGGAAAAUACUAACAGCCUGUUGCAGGAACAUUCAAUACAAUUUAGUAGCCUGAUAAACUUUGACAGAUGUUUAGACUUUGACAUAUCAUGAACCCUGUCAAAGUUUAUCUGUCUCCUAACUUUUAAUGAACAUUCUUGCAACCGCCUGUGAGUAUAGAAUUUUGUGCUUUUAAUUGAUUCAUCCUUAUGUAUUAGUUAUUUGAAAUGCAUUAAUUUUAAAUUGUUUUGAGAUAAAGAUGAAUUUAAAAAAUAUCGUUUUUAUUCAAAUUUCAAGUAACUAAAAAUAUAGGUUUUUCAUAUAAGCUUAUGCCAUGGUGACUCGCUUGCAUUUAUUUAUCCGAUGUGUUUUUUCUUAAGCCUUCUACAUUUUUCUUAUUGCUAUCACAUUUUACACUUUAAAAGAUCUGUCUGUCAAUUGCAACCUCUUAGCUUUAAUAAAGUUACUAAUUCGUGCUUGAUUAUAUAAAUUGUGUAGCUUUGCAAGUCUUCAUUGGUUUUUAUUUAUUUUCCUGUAAAUAGCACUUUAAAACACUGAACAUUUACACAGUUGGUUUCAAUAAAUGCGCGGUUACUACAUUAUAUAAAAUUAUUGAAAAUAAAAAAAAUAUUAUUUCGUUAAUAAAGAUCACACAAAUUACUCCCCAACAGAAUGGAAUAUUAUAAUUUUUUAGUAUGUAGGAGUGUUCCUGAUUAAUGAUUUCAUGUUUUUUUUUUUUUAGUCAUAUUAAAAAACUAUGAAAUUAAUGGUGUAUAAACUAUGAAAUGUACUGUUUUUUUUUUGUUUUUAGAAAAAUGGGUGAGUAUUUUGAUAAAAAGCAGUUUCUGCUUUUGUUAUUAACUGUUCAUUCUCAGGGAAAAACAUUAAAAAUUACUUGUAUUACCUCAAGUUGCAAUAAAAUCCCAUUUAUAUAAAUAAAUACGGAUAAAAUAUGAGGAAGUGAUCCAAAAAAAAAAUAAUUUUGUAAAACCUAGACUAAAUAUUAUCUAUGUUAGUCUCAACUUUCAUAUUUAAUGUGUAACAUCACCCAAAUAAUCAAAUGAAAUAUUUAUCAGGACCACUAAAAUAAUUUACAGUCACUUUUGGAUUUUGUUCAUGAAGAUACAGUCUGCGUUGUAUGCUCACAGCUUUUGUAUAUUUACUGUGAUCAUAAAAAGUAAGGUAUUGAUUUUAUAGCUAUUAGCUAUAGCAGCGGGCGGUAUUAUAAUGAAUAUUAUCUAUGUUAAUGAAAUGUUUUGUAUACAUUAUUAAAAAUGUAAAAGUUAUAGUGAUUACGUGUGACAUUAUAUAAUUAAUUUUAAUAUAGAACCAAAUAAAUUUCUACCUGUUAAA